GCAAGAAUGAUGAUCUCACAACCCGACCGAUGCAAGAACGCAGCGUUGCAGCAGAGGUCGUUCGCCUCCGCGAGCUCGUCGCGGCCAUCGUCCAGUUCCAGCCAGGUCUCUCGCUCGACGCCAAGCGCAUCCGCGAUGUCCUCGUCCUUGAGAGCGCCGACGAUCGGCUGCCAAGCGUCUUUGCGCCGUGGUGGGCGACGCAUGGCCCCGGCGACCUUGCGCCGCUCUUCCGCUGCCAUGAGCACGCGCCGGGGCGCCUCCGCCGCUACGCCAUCGCACACAGGGACAAUCGGCUUCUCGAUGCAAUGCACGAGGCCAGCGUCCUCGACGCCUCGUUCGGCGACUGGAAGCUGGCGGCGCAGAACGGCAACGUGGCCGCGCUUGCCUUCUUUGUCGACCACGGCUACCCACUCUAUCUCGACUAUACGAUGGGACACGCUCUCUCGACGAGCCAUGUGAACAUUGUAGCGUUCCUCGUUGACCACGGUGCAGUGCUUCGAUCGCCCUCGCUCAGCGUCGCGUGUCGGGGUAGGUCGCUCGCGAUGGUAGAGUACGUGCACCGGCAAGGUCUCUGGCACCCCGUUGACGUCAGCAGCUUGGCCGUGCAAGGCGCCUUGGAUAUCAUUCAGUACCUCCACGAGCACGACAACCAAGGCUUCAACGCCGCGACGAUGGACGCCGCCGCCGCCGCCGGGCAGCUGUCCAUUGUCCGCUUUUUGCACGAGCACCGGUCUGACGGCUGCUCGGCCGCCGCGCUCACGAGCGCCGCCGCGUGCGGUCAUCUCGACGUCGUCCGCUUUCUGAAAGAGAACCGAUCGGAGGGUGACGUAGCGCGCGCUGUUGCCGCCGCCGCCGGCCGCGAGCAGUGGCCGGUUGUCAUGUACCUACUCGAUUUAGACGCUGCAACAACAGACACGCGCGCGCUCGCAGCAACGUGGUACCUGCGCUUGAACGGCUUUCGCAGCUGGUCCGAGAAGGCGCUCGUGCACGCGGUGCGCCACAUGCGCCUCGACCUCGUGGACUUUGUGCAUACGACGAGCGCAAGUGCGUCGUUCUCGCCGCUGCUUAUGGACACGGCGGCGCGGUUCGGGUGCUUCGACCUGUUUGUGUAUCUCCACCGCUUUCGAGCCGAGGGCUGCACCGAGGACGCCCGAGUCUACGCCCGAUCCCUCGGCCACACCGACAUCCUCGCGUACAUGGACCUGCACGGCCUUGGUGCCACCCAAGACGUCGACGCCGCCAUGCGCGACGCAAGAACGCAUGGGACCGAGCAGACCUGAUCCGAAGCGCUAGUCCGUGGUUCUGCCACGUAACAUAAACCACGUUCUCUUCUUGGGGUCGC